UGAGCAGUGAGUGCAACGCUACCGCUGUACUGGCGAGGAGAACACCAACACACGGGCUGGCUUGCUCACGAACGUUAAGGCGACGUCAUCAGUGAGCAGCGCUCCAGCUAAACGCCAGCUGCGUCAGUUGAACGUCUCGCCGUAACACACCGCGUCCUGCUCUCUGUCACUCGCAGCUUCCAGUGCUUCAGACAUGGAUCAAGACAACCAUUCAGAGGAUGAGUCAAUCGUUCCAUCUGGCGACGCACUACAAGAGCAACUGCCUUGUCUACCUCCAGAGCUAUUGGACAGAGAAGCGAUGGGGUUGCUUUGGGAGCUGCGAUCCCAGCGCCGCCAGGCGUCCCCUAAGCUCCCGGAGACGGUGUCCCGCCUCACCGCCCCUGAUGGCAGCCUCCUGUACCUGGUGGGCACCGCCCACUUCAGUGAUAGCAGCAAAAACGAUGUGGCCACGACGAUCCGCGCUGUGCAGCCAGACGUCGUUGUGGUGGAGCUGUGCCAGUACAGGGUGUCUAUGCUUAGGAUGGACGAGAAUACACUGCUGAGGGAAGCCAAAGACAUCAACCUGGACAAGGUUCAGCAGGCCAUUAAACAGAAUGGGCUGAUGUCUGGCCUCAUGCAGAUUCUCCUGCUCAAAGUUUCAGCGCACAUCACUAAGCAACUGGGCAUGGCUCCUGGAGGAGAGUUUAGGGAAGCCUUCAAAGAGGCUGGACAAGUGCCAUUCUGUAGAUUUCAGCUUGGGGACAGGCCGAUCCCUGUGACGUUCAAGCGGGCCAUUGCAGCCCUCAGUCUCUGGCAAAAGGCCCGUCUGGGGUGGGGUCUUUGCUUUCUGUCAGAUCCAAUCAGUAAAGAAGACGUAGAGAAGUGCAAACAGAAGGACUUACUGGAACAAACGAUGGCGGAGAUGAUCGGCGAGUUUCCCACUCUGCACCAGACCAUCGUGGCUGAAAGAGACAUCUACCUCACGCACACACUGCGCCAGGCUACUCGCUGUGUGGAGGACCCCCGUACUGCUCUCAAAGUGCCUGCUGUGGUGGUCGGUGUUGUCGGGAUGGGUCACGUUCCCGGCAUAGAGAGAAACUGGGAGAAGCAACUCAACAUUAAUGAAAUUAUGAGUGUGGCGCCUCCCUCGCAUUUUGGCUGGGUGCUGCGCUCGGUCAUAACAGGCGCCAUGGUGGGAGUGCUGGGAUACGCCUGCUACCGUGUCGGAGGGAGUCUAGGUAGAGUGCUGAUGUCUUUACCUACAGUCAAAUCUGUACUGGAGACUCUCCGGCAACCCUCUGCUCUCAGCCAACAGUGAUACGACCUUUGACCUGCUGAAAUCAUACAUUUUUCACCAAUAGCCUUAAGACCAGGAGUUUAGGCUGGAGAGAGGUUUCACCAGCCCACACAAGAAUUUACAAGGAUUUCAAGGGAUUUGGAGCAUCCCACCAUAUUGAAGUCCGUGUAGACUUAGCAGGGCUUUACUGCCAAAGACACCAUGACAGUACUCGUUGUUUUCGUCCAGAUUUUGUGCAAAUACUGCAUUUUGUAAGGUUUACAAAUGCCAAUAAUUUAUUCUAAAUAGAUUCACCUUUUUAGAUAGCAAGUAACAUCAGAAUUCGUGUCGGUCAAUUGUCCUGAUGCAAAUGAGCCAUUUUCCUUGACGGCAAUUCUGAUAAUUUCCCCAUUUCAGAUCUAGCACUUUACAAAGGAAUAUUGUAUUACACAUAAAGCCUGUGGAUGAGGAAAAUAAACCACAAUAUCAAGGUUGUCAAUAUAAUCUAGAGGCAGAGCGUGACCCUCAUGCUGUGAGAUAAAAGUCUGACUUCGACGAAAGAUUAUCUUCUUCAUUCUACUAUUUGUAAUUCACAUUUAUUAAAGCUUACUUGGGACAAAGGUAUUUCCCAUGUGCACGGCCCUGUCCAUAUUUACAGAUAAGUGCCUCAUGUCGCAGCAGUAAGUGCUGAACGGGGAUUAAAUGGGAUGGGUUAAAAUAAGUAUAUGCAUUUUACAUAUACUACAACCAAAUGGUCAAUGCAAUUUUCUAAUAUUUUGUGUUUGUAUCAUUUUCUGAUGGACUUUUUCUUUCAUCAAUACUGUUGUUCUUAUCCCAUGUCCCAUCUACUUUGUCUUGUCGCCGUAGCCUCUUCAUUUUAGGACCAUUCAUGCAUUCAAAACUGACCUGAUGCAGGGCAGGCUCAAUCGUGCCUCAGGAUGCGCAUUGCAUUGGUAUUGUAAUUUGUGUAAUUGAUUGUAUCUCCAGUAAAAAAAAAGCACUGUCACAUAUUGGCUGAUCUGUCAGUAAGUUGUUCAUACCAAAAAUAUGCAUGUGUACAGAAAGACGUCUCUUAAAAAACUCCACAUGAGAACCUCUGUAGUUCAGCACACCAGCUGUUUGUACUUUUAUGAUUUAUGCAUUAUUACUUGUCAGUUGGAAGUUAAAUGGGAUACAGAGGAUAGAAAUCAAAUUUUUAGGUUUUUUUUUUUUUCUUCGAUUGAGCCUCGAACUUUACUGAAAUGAUUUCCCAGUGGACCUUUGUUACGGACUUGCUUUGACGGCUGUGAAAGGAUCAGACCGUUGAGGUUUGUCAGAGUUUUGGAGGUAAAGCCUUACACUGCUAUCACUGCUGCCUUUAACCCUCAGAUUACCAGCUCUGACCUCCAUAGUACAGAGCUUCUUUUUGCACAUGGAAAAAAAAAACACAUCCCUGGAGCUGUGUUAUGUAGAAGAUAAUAGACUGAACUCCAGUCUGCAAGUGCACAAACCAACAUCAAGUUCCAAGAAUUCCAUGAGCGAUUUAUGUACAGUACUGGAUUUCUUUGGAUGUAAUCAUAAGCGCUAUGACUGUAAUCAUUAGCUACUUUUUGUAUGUGAAAUGGUCCAAUGGACUCAUGUGGGACUUGAAGCACUUGAAGCAUUGCCACACAUAAUUAAAUUCUCCACACGUUAAACUUUUUCUGAUAGAAUGUCUUCCAAUUAAUACAUGAGUUAUCUUGCUUUUGGGGUUAGAAAGUACAAAUAGAUAUAUAGACAUGAAUCUCAUUCCCUCAAACUUCAUCAUUUGUCUGUGUCCUUCCCAUGUUAUUUUCAAUGGUAUUUUAUGUUGGAGAACUGUAUGAAUCCCUGUGUUCAUUGCAGGGUUGUUUUCCUUUGUCAUUGUUACCGAACUUUCAAUUCUAACCUCUGUAAUGAAUUUUGAAACAAUUUUAAAUAAAGAUAACAUAUAUUUACCUCCUGAAA